AUGGCCGUUUUACAAGUUUGCCUAUUGUCGUUAUUUGUUGUUUGUACAACAAGCAGUUAUAUAUUUUCUAACACUAUCAUCAUAAACAAUGGAACCUACAAUGUUUCUUACAAUUUCAAUGAAUCAGCAGAUACUUUAGAAUUUUUAGUGGAAGCAAACGCCACAGGAUGGGUCGGGUUUGGAUUUUCUUUAAAUGCAAGCUCAACCGGAAUGGUGGGCUACGAUGUUGCCGUAGGAGGGGUGUUGAGUAAUGGAACUGGUUAUCUGCGGGUAAGUGAAGAAUUUUGCUCUCUUUAAACUACUUGCCAAAGUGAAAAUGUCUUAGUUUUGACGAUUUCCGUCGAUUUUCCCAUGAUGGACGGCAUUAAAAUGUGGCGACUUUUGAAAAGUGAGUGAACCGAGGGACUAAUAUUCAGGUUUUUUUCAGAGUUUUUGGCCAUUUGGGGAAAACUGCUCAAAUUUACAUUUCUUGUUCAACGUGUUGCUUAUAAGGUAUCUUUCUAAAUGAAUUGAAAACCUUGAAAAGUCGCCUUUAUCGCGAAAAAAAAACAUACUUUUCAUGAUUACUUUUUUCAGUUUUAAGGUAAAAUUGCCUGUCAUGAAGGAAAUGUGUUCAUCAACUGCUCGCUGUGGUGCUAACCACAGAGAAUAUUUUUUGAGGAACUUGUACUUUACCGUUCGAUCUGCAACUCUGAUAACCAUUUUCACAGUUCAUAUCAUAAAUUAUUCAAAACUGAGCUCACGGCCCGUCGGUGCACGGAAAAUUUCUUUAUUACUAUUUUCAGUAACCCGGCUCUCAGUCGAUAACACUGAAAUGGGAGUGACUAGCUGAGCAACUUGCUUGCUCAGAGAAGAGGUAGCGAGGUUUUCAUCACAUUUCAGCUUCUUCUUCACUGAAAGUUUUACAUACUCUCUCACUGAGGCUUCCCCGCCAAUAAACUCAACACUUCACAACAGUAUCGAGUUUAUGAAAGGCAUAUAUUUACACUACAAUUGAACAUGAAGAUAUACAACAAAUAGUUCCAAAAUAUGAGAACGCAAAAACGACUACACAAUCAGGCAAACAAUAAAACAAACUAAAUAAAAGACCACUUUUUUUUAACUUGCGUGAGAGUCAUUAUUUCGUGGUUCAUUAACCUGAAACACGAAAUUAACGAACGUCGUACAAAAAUUUCUUCCACUGGAGUGAUUUCCAUCCUGUUACAGAUGACUAAUAUAAGCAUUGAAUGCUUUACCACAGCAAGACGGAUAUUUCAGUGAGCUUUGGAAAGACAGAUAGCCAACGGGGCUAUCUAAUAAGCCAAACAGACGACGGUUUCUUCCCGUAGGGCAUGAUAUGUCGGCUCAUAAACAUAGCUGCUCUGAAGUUUUAAUCUCUCUCGGUUUUUAAUUAUGCGAAGAACAUCAUAAAUGUGCUUAUAAAUGUCCAUUUUCCAAUACACUAGCUCUAAAAAAUAACUGAAACCAGUAAUUCCGUGCAUUAUUGUUAUCACUCAACUCCAAAAUGGAAAUUAAUUGAUAUCGCGUGUGUGACGCCCAAAAGCAUAACUGUUUAUAGGUAACCAUGGGAACUACGACUGCUCACGACAAGUCAUCGUGAACGUGUAGCCGGUUAGGCCCUGAUUAUGAAUGCAUGGGCUUGCGAAUUUCCGCACUAUAAUUAAAAUCGCCCGCGAAUGUGAGAGUAUUAUGCCUGGAUAACACACAUGUGUUCGUGUUUUAAAUAAAACUAUGGGCCCAAAAAUAUCAUAUCACGCAUAUAAAAUAUGUUAAACCUUGCAUUGUCAACCAUUUCGGCCUUCUUCCUAGACGCAUCACCGAGGGUUUACAGUUAAGUAUAUGUUAAGCAGACCCGAGGGUUUUUUAGGAAAAUGUAAAACUCAGCUUGUUUUUAGGCAUUUGAGCUGCUCGUUGGUUCAACCUUUCAAAGAAAAAGAAAACUAAAUAAAAUAUGGCAGUUCUCUUUUGGGACCACGACGCCAAUGUCCCAAUAUCGUGAUUGAGACUGUGGUAUACUUCAAUAUCACACAGGUUUUCCUGUUUUUGUGGCGAUUCCGGGAACUUUGAAAAAACAAACAAACAAACAGUACGUUUAAACCUACAAAAAAGGUUACUCAAGUGAAAUCCCAUAGUGCGACCUCCACGUUAAUGAGACUACAUCCUUUUUGCUAAAUGUAAAAACACCCAGUCCUUUUUUAAAAUUUUAAACUCCACUGAUCUGUCGGGUCAAUAUCUCAUGCUAUACUUCAUGGGCUAUUUAUCACCAUGUUUAGAGACAUACACUACUGCAUGUAUAAGAAUUCGAGAACGGCGCCGGUGUCCGAGUACCAAACCUUGUACUCGGACAUUAAGUGAGUACUGUUUUUCUGUGUGAACACUUUCUUUGUUAGUCCCGAGGCAAUCCAUUACUUUGCAUACCGGUACCCAAAACUUCCUGCUACGCACACCUCUCAAAAUAGCAUCACAUAGGAAAUAGAGGGACGUUACAUGUCGGGUGCCCAAGGUGUGAAUACACCGAGACCAUUUUUGGAGUAUCCAGGUACUGCUACUCGGGCACCUAAUGUGAACAGCACCUUCUUGAGUUUGGCAAUUAGACCACGGGUUCGAGGCCUCCACCAGUAAAUUAGCUAGGACUUUUCGCUUAUGGAUCUCGGUCAAUAGCUUUCAGUGUGCUGUUUUUUUGUAGACGUUGCAGCCCCCUUUAACUAAAGCGUUAUUAAAUUACUGUCUGUCUUUACAGGGUCUCUCAUAAUCCGCAUAUUUUUGCCUCCAAUUAGGAUUAUUUCACCAAUGGCACCAAACAACCUCCGGAGGAUUCUCAACAAGAUUGGGUGUUGAUCAACUCAAAUGAACAGAGCGGUGUAACAACGUUAAAAUUUUACCGCAAGCGAAAUACAAGUGACUCAAACGAUAUUGCUAUUGAGGUAAGAUUUACUUUGUAAGAAGCAGCAACGGCUAGAACGCCUGAAACACAGAUGCCAAAUCCUGGGUGGAUACAUUCAAACGUUUUAUUCCGCAAUAUCCUUUAGCGUCACUCCUUCUCCCUCCCCCGGAUAAAUAAAUAUAUAAAUGAAUAAAUAAAUAAAUAGAUAAAUAAAGCACUUUGAGUACCAAUGUAUUUAGCACGAAAGUACUAAUUCGGGACACUAUGUUUACGUCUCCAACUUGGGGCAGUACCACCAUUUUACGUGCAUGGUCAUCCAAGCCACGCAAGGGUCUAGCCGCUUGCAGUGCAUGCAAAGGGAGCACCUUGANUAUUUAUCACCAUGUUUAGAGACAUACACUACUGCAUGUAUAAGAAUUCGAGAACGGCGCCGGUGUCCGAGUACCAAACCUUGUACUCGGACAUUAAGUGAGUACUGUUUUUCUGUGUGAACACUUUCUUUGUUAGUCCCGAGGCAAUCCAUUACUUUGCAUACCGGUACCCAAAACUUCCUGCUACGCACACCUCUCAAAAUAGCAUCACAUAGGAAAUAGAGGGACGUUACAUGUCGGGUGCCCAAGGUGUGAAUACACCGAGACCAUUUUUGGAGUAUCCAGGUACUGCUACUCGGGCACCUAAUGUGAACAGCACCUUCUUGAGUUUGGCAAUUAGACCACGGGUUCGAGGCCUCCACCAGUAAAUUAGCUAGGACUUUUCGCUUAUGGAUCUCGGUCAAUAGCUUUCAGUGUGCUGUUUUUUUGUAGACGUUGCAGCCCCCUUUAACUAAAGCGUUAUUAAAUUACUGUCUGUCUUUACAGGGUCUCUCAUAAUCCGCAUAUUUUUGCCUCCAAUUAGGAUUAUUUCACCAAUGGCACCAAACAACCUCCGGAGGAUUCUCAACAAGAUUGGGUGUUGAUCAACUCAAAUGAACAGAGCGGUGUAACAACGUUAAAAUUUUACCGCAAGCGAAAUACAAGUGACUCAAACGAUAUUGCUAUUGAGGUAAGAUUUACUUUGUAAGAAGCAGCAACGGCUAGAACGCCUGAAACACAGAUGCCAAAUCCUGGGUGGAUACAUUCAAACGUUUUAUUCCGCAAUAUCCUUUAGCGUCACUCCUUCUCCCUCCCCCGGAUAAAUAAAUAUAUAAAUGAAUAAAUAAAUAAAUAGAUAAAUAAAGCACUUUGAGUACCAAUGUAUUUAGCACGAAAGUACUAAUUCGGGACACUAUGUUUACGUCUCCAACUUGGGGCAGUACCACCAUUUUACGUGCAUGGUCAUCCAAGCCACGCAAGGGUCUAGCCGCUUGCAGUGCAUGCAAAGGGAGCACCUUGAUUUCUCAGUUAUUUUAAGACCCUGAGUAUUGAUCCCCCCACCCCGAGAAUUGACCCGGCGACCUCCCGCUCUGUAGUCAAGCGCUCUACCGACUGAGCUUAUCCUGCCGCAGAGAGUGAGAGUGAGUCGAUACCUUUCCGGUUUUCGACAGGUUUUUAAAAUUAUUUCAAAUCAUGCCCAGCCAAACAGAUAUAUGCUGUUCUUGCGAUGACCAGUUAUCGUAAUAAUCGAAAAAGAUGACAAAUCCCGCUUUGUUUCUUUCAAUGCGAAGAAACACGCAGAACUGCUGAGAAAGAAGAAAAUAUCAUUCUGCUGACCCAGAUUAUGGACUCAAAGUGUUUACUCUGAGUCAUGUUUAUUGUGGAUUUCAGCAAGGGGUGCAAGUUUACAUUGUUUGGGCUUACCACUCGACCGAUGAUGUGGAUCCGGACAGUGGGAUGUUUAGUCAACACACUAAAAGAGGAGUGGAAGGUCCUGUAACACUCAUCCCGACGAUCACUUCAACGAUGGCUGAAAUGCCUACAACAACAAUGGCGUCAAUGACAACAUCCGAAAUACCUAGGAUGGCCGCCAUGACUACAUCAGCAGUGAUAGAAGUGGGUCCUUCUACAAUGGUGGAAAUGACCACAUCUGCAAUGGAAGGAAUGACAACAUCAGUAUUGACAGAAGUAAGCACAUCUACCAUGGUCGAAAUGACUACAACAAUAAUGGCGUCAAUGACAACAUCAGAAACGCCUGCCAUGGUUACAACAACAGAGGCAGAAGUGAGUACACCAGCAUUGCCUGCGAUGACCACAUCAACAAUGGCCGCCAUGACUACAUCAGCAGUGAUAGAAGUGGGUCCUUCUACAAUGGUGGAAAUGACCACAUCUGCAAUGGAAGGAAUGACAACAUCAGUAUUGACAGAAGUAAGCACAUCUACCAUGGUCGAAAUGACUACAACAAUAAUGGCGUCAAUGACAACAUCAGAAACGCCUGCCAUGGUUACAACAACAGAGGCAGAAGUGAGUACACCAGCAUUGCCUGCGAUGACCACAUCAACAAUGGCCGCCAUGACUACAUCAGCAGUGAUAGAAGUGGGUCCAUCUACAAUGGUGGAAAUGACCACAUCUGCAAUGGAAGGAAUGACAACAUCAGUAUUGACAGAAGUAAGCACAUCUACCAUGGUCGAAAUGACUACAACAAUAAUGGCGUCAAUGACAACAUCAGAAACGCCUGCCAUGGUUACAACAACAGAGGCAGAAGUGAGUACACCAGCAUUGCCUGCGAUGACCACAUCAACAAUGGCCGCCAUGACUACAUCAGCAGUGAUAGAAGUGGGUCCAUCUACAAUGGUGGAAAUGACCACAUCUGCAAUGGAAGGAAUGACAACAUCAGUAUUGACAGAAGUAAGCACAUCUACCAUGGUCGAAAUGACUACAACAAUAAUGGCGUCAAUGACAACAUCAGAAACGCCUGCCAUGGUUACAACAACAGAGGCAGAAGUGAGUACACCAGCAUUGCCUGCGAUGACCACAUCAACAAUGGCCGCCAUGACUACAUCAGCAGUGAUAGAAGUGGGUCCAUCUACAAUGGUGGAAAUGACCACAUCUGCAAUGGAAGGAAUGAUAACAUCAAUAUUGGCAGAAAUAGACACAUCUACCAUGGCAGAAAUGACUACAUCAACAAUGGGCGCAAUGACUGCAUCACCACUGGGUACAUCGAACACUCCUGCCAUGAUAAUUGAGCCAACGACAGCUACUACCGCAGUAGCAAGUGAGUCAUUGUCAUGUCAUAUUAAAAAUAAAACAAUUUCCUAUGAAGUCUUCAAAUGAUGAUAAUAAUAACAGAGAUUAUGAUGACCUUUAGAGUUAGCCCUGGCCUAUUCAGGACCACACUUACAAGGACGAUUAAGAAUAACAUAACUAUUGUACAUUGCUUUAAUCUCGAUCGUUAUAUUUAUAUACCGUGUGGCACGAAAUUUUUGCGGGAGUUUAUUUUUUGCGGAUUGGCGAUUUUUUGUGUUUUGCGGGAACUAAUUUUUGCGAUUAGGACAGAUUGGUUUUUCUUGAAGGAAAUUGUUUUUUGCGAUUUCAGAAAGUUUCCAGUAUCCAGCAUUGAAAAUAUUUUCGUUUUUAUUGAGUACUAAGGGUCGUGCAAUAAAAAAUUCAUAUUCAAACAAUAAACCAGUAUUUCAUUAUAUACCGUUUUGUUUCUGAAUGAAAGAGACAAGUUGUGAUCGAACAGACACGAUUUCUUAGUACUGUAUUUUUGUGUAGCGAAUUUAAGUUGGAGUAAAUUGGGGUAAAUUUUUGCUGGAAACAUUUUUGCGGUAAAUUUUAUUUGAGGGAUCUUAUUUUUGCCGAUCGCUGUAAAAAUCGCAAAAAUCACAAAAAUUUGAACAUGCAAAAAUUUCUAGUUCGAACUCUUGUAAAGAAUAGUAUAAUUAUUGUAUAUUAUCUGUAAUCUUGUUAUAUUUAUAUUAGUCAUUGUUAGGCGCUUAGAGUAAUUAUUGAUUUAGCGCUAUACAAAUAAAGUUAUUAUUACUAUUAUUUUAAGUUUUUAUAAGAUAAGAAACGAAAAAACCCAGAUGAGGGUCAAGAAUACCCCAAACAACACCACAUACUCCGUAUCAAACAGCACCAUAGUCAGACAAUUAAUCCAGACGAACAAUCGUUUUAAAAACUUACAUUUUCUUCACAGCUAGUUCCCCUGUGGCCACAGCUUCGCCUGGCCCACCUCAGCAUUUUGCAAACUUUCGUUCCCUGGACAAUGGCAAUUAUAAUGUUUCCUGGAUGUUUAACAGCAGCAUCGACAGUCUGCACUUCACGGUAGAAGUGAGAGCCACAGGCUGGGUUGGAUUCGGUGUCGCAACUCAAGCUCCCAACAACAUGACCUAUUAUGAUGUAGCUGUUGGUGGAGUCGUCAAUGGAUCAGGUUAUUUAAAGGUAAAUUGUCUAAACUGACUUUCAUGAGAUUGUGUAGUCCUUUACUCUCAUGCCGGGGUUGGUAGGGUGUUGGACGUGUUUUCUUCGCCUUACGUUCGCCUUUGCAGUAAUACUGAGUAAAAUAUAGCGAAACCUUUGGGCUCCAAACGAAAAAGAACCUCGAUAUAACGAAAACCCGUUACAACGAACAUAUUUUUGCAGUCACUUAGCCCUUCGUUAAAGUAUUAAGGUUCCAGUGUAAUUGAAGCGUCAAAAUUGGCCUUCAUUGUGGUGGUGGAAGUGGUGGAAGUGGUGGGGAACAUGUCUGAAAGUAUCAUUAAGCAAUACCUCCAUGCAAGGAAAUACAUACUUAAGAUACGGUAUUCAGUUGGUACAUUUUGUCAUUGAGUUGAGACGGUAAAACAUUGUUUCUCUGCAACUAUUCCGCAUAUACAAGAAAUGGAAUGCAAAAUUUUACCACAACAUAAACUUCAUAAUAUAUUCGCUAUCAUAACGAUGAGCGAGUUUAGGUGAAUUCUGUGGUAUAGGUUGUUACAGAUUAAUACAGAUUAACACUAAAACAGUUAAGCAUAACGUCAAAACAGUGAUUAUCGGUACGCAAAAUUUUUGGCGAGGUUCGGUUUGGAAUUUGACGGUGUUGCGGUAAAUCAAUUUUAAGUUAGUUUCCAAGCUAAGAUGCACCUAAAUUUCCUAGCUUGGAAAUAUGAUAUUAAACAGCAUUGUGAUGAUAUUUUAGAAAAAUGUGAGUAAUCUGAAAUUUGCCCUUUGUUCAUUUAUGAUGACGAUUUGAAAUAUAAGGUUUAAAAUUUAUUUACGUUUUAUUUGAAUUUGAACAUACAGAUUUUUUAUUCUCACGUAGGUUAUUUGCCAAACACCACACAUUUAGCGUUGUUAUCACAAUGGUAAUAUUGACUUUACAUUUUGACAAACCUCAAUCUAAGGUUAGACAGUGGUGGAAAUUUUAUGGGAUUCGACAAGGACAAAAUCCCUUUUUAGUCCGAGUCUUUCCUAAGUAACGUUUAUCUGGUUGACAAAAAUUCUACAGAGCACUGCGUAAAAAGAUCUUCCUUUUUUAUAGGGACAACGCAUUUUUUUGAAUAACUCAUCUGCGGUACAAGAUAAAAAUGACUCAAUUGGGGAGAUUAAAAACAAAGUCUGACUUUUGACAGUGCCAAUCAGGAUUAUUCUGCUAAGUGAGAUACCGUCAGUUGAUUCUUUUGCAUUUACCAUUAGGAUUAUUUAACGCGUGGCUUCGGGCCACCUCCAGAAGAUACUAAGCAAGACUGGGUGCUGACCUACUCCAGAGAAGACAAUGGUAUAACAACCUUACAGUUCUAUCGCAAGCUCAACACCAGCGAUGGAAACGACACAGUUAUUCAGGUACGAAAUGUAUCUAAUUGGUUGCCCUGAACCCAGUAGUCAUAUCGCAAGGAGGCUGAAUGUGAUUUUACGGGCGAGUAUAUAGUCUUGAUUUGUGAUGACCGAACACGGAAGUCAUCAUCAGAGUCACAGCGGGUAGAGGCGGGGGGCUCAUCUUCCACUCAGCCAUACGCAUACCCCUACUCAAAUUUUCCAAAAUGCCCUUAGCGUUGUUUGUUGGCACCAGUAAUCUCCACAGUGUCUAGUGUGUCCGUAAUCGAUUUGUGACAAUGCUUCAGUUGACAGUUGUCCAGGCGGUCCUGCUUGAGUCGUCUGAGGGCAGAAACUGUGCGCUCGAAAGUCGCUGAUGUCACAGCUGUUGUCUAAAUUGAGCUCAUUCUGGUUUGGUUUCAAAGAUCUCUUGCGCCUGCUUAAGUUAGAUGUCAAUGUUGUCUAAGACCNUCAUCAUCAGAGUCACAGCGGGUAGAGGCGGGGGGCUCAUCUUCCACUCAGCCAUACGCAUACCCCUACUCAAAUUUUCCAAAAUGCCCUUAGCGUUGUUUGUUGGCACCAGUAAUCUCCACAGUGUCUAGUGUGUCCGUAAUCGAUUUGUGACAAUGCUUCAGUUGACAGUUGUCCAGGCGGUCCUGCUUGAGUCGUCUGAGGGCAGAAACUGUGCGCUCGAAAGUCGCUGAUGUCACAGCUGUUGUCUAAAUUGAGCUCAUUCUGGUUUGGUUUCAAAGAUCUCUUGCGCCUGCUUAAGUUAGAUGUCAAUGUUGUCUAAGACCGUUAAAACUGAUGACGUCAUAAGCGGUACAAAGGACGUGGAUCCGUACGGGCGGUUCAGAGGUGGAUGUGUGAAUGCUGUGAUUUUAGUAGACUGUUAUUAGCCCUGACACUAAACGAUUGUACUCGGGGGUUAACUGUCUUACUUAUACGUUUGGGUCGUACAACCAAAUAACUUCGGGCUUGAAAUCGUAACAUACUCACUUUGUAAUUUCUUGAUAUUUUAUAUUAUUUCCAGCAAGAAGCACCUAUUUUUCUUAUAUGGGCUUAUCACAGAACGAGUGACGUUCAAACAGGCCAGUUUAUGAAGCACAGUUACAGAGGUUUCAUCCAAAUUAUACUUAUUGCCGCUGCUACAACUCCAGGUGAGUUUCCUAACUAAAGGCCUAUUUUUUUUUACCACCACCACCAUGAUGUUGAUGAUGAUGAUGAUGAUGUUGAAGAUGAUGGUGAUGAUUGUGAUGGUGGUAGUGGUGGUGAUGAUGGUGAUGACCUUUAUUGACUUGUCGGUACUACACAGCUUAGGGGAAAAAUCCCAUCUGGGACAAAACGCUGCGAAGGAGAGGUAAUCAAGUGGACGUUAGCAAUUGUGACCGCUCCAUGAAGGUUUUUUCUGUAAAUCCUCCUUUAAUAUUCGCCACCUAUCAAGUAUCAUCUCUUCUCUGUAUGAUAACUUUAUUCCUUAAACUUUAGUUUUGUUUCGCCGAUGGUAAGCAUUGCGUUAAAUUCUAUGUAAUAAAACUUUUUUUUUUAAUUCAGGUACGCCCACUAGUCCACCGGCCCAAACAACACCAAGUGAGUUCAUGAAGUUAUUCGUUAUGAGACAUAUAAAUAUUAUUUUCCUUUCCUGUUGAUGAUAGUGUGGAACCCAGUUAGGAAGUUGGGUUGGGCCAUGAAAGAUUGGUCUUAUUAGAGGAGUUGGGUGAUAUUAUGAUACCAAACCUUUCCUCUUCUCUAAACUGAUUUCAUUGUCAAAAUAAUCCUCUAAUACGGUAUUUCUAUUUUUCAAUCUGUCUUUGCAGCAAUGUUUCUCUUAGCGUUUGAAAAUAAUCGAUUCCUUGUUCUGACAAAUGGAAAUUGCCCUUAGUAACAAAAUUUGUUUAAUCAAGUAAUAGUUGGGACACUGCACUGAAAAAUUGACCCAAAACGAUAAUGGUGAUGAUAUUAAUGAUGUCGAUGAUGAUGUUGAUGAUGGUGAUGAUGAUAAUGAUGAUGAUGAUGAUGAUGAUGAUGUUGAUGAUGUUGAUGACGAUGUACAUGAUGGUGAUGAUUAUAAUGGUGGUGGUGGUGAUGAUGAUGAUGACCUUUAUUGACGUGUCGGUACAACACACCUUGUGAAGGAGAGAUAAUCCAGUGGACUUUAGCGAAUUACUUCAACUGUAAAUGUUCCUUUAAUAUUUUCCACCUAUCAAGUAUCAUCUCUUCUCUGUAUGAUAAUUUUAUUGCUUAAACUUUAGUUUUGUUUCGCCGAUGCCAAGCAUUGCAUUAAAUACCGUGUAAGAAAACUUUUUUUUUUAAUUCAGGUACGCCCACUAAUCCACCGGCCCAACCGACACCAAGUGAGUUCAUGAAGUUAUUCGUUAUGAGACAUAUAAAUAUUAUUUUCCUUUUCUGUUGAUGAUAGUGUGGAAUCCAGUUAGGAAGUUGGAUUGGGCCAUGAAACAUUGGUCAUAUUAGAGGAGUAGGGUGAUAUCAUGAUACUACACCUUUCCUCUUCUCUAUACUGAUUUCAUUGUCAAAAUAAUCCUCUAAUACGCUAUCUCUAUUUUUCCAUCUGCCUUUACAGCAAUGUUUCCCUUAUCCUUUGACGAUAAUCGAUUCCUCGUAUUUUGGAGAUUUGACGAUCAAAAGGACAGUAUUUUCUUUCACUUAAGAGUAAAGACAACUGGCUGGAUCGGAUUUGGAUUCGCCGAGACAGAACCAAGAAACAUGAUGAACUACGACGUAAUUGUCGGUGGAUAUAGCAAUGGUCAAGGAUACUUGAACGUAAGUUUUACUCACACGUCUUCUGAUUACAUCUACACUUCACUCGUUCACUUUGAGAAAAAAUAUUAUGGAGGCUAAUAUCUCUUUUCAAAAACCUUCCUCAACACAUCCCCGCGCCUGUGCGAAGGUGGCUUUGUUUCACAAGAAAAAGGGAUCCUAUAAAGCGGCCUAAAACAAAGGAAAUACAACGUGAGAAAGAGAAGUAAAAAAUUCGGGUGCUCCCAACAGGAGUCGAAGCUAUGAUCUUCUAGUUACUAGUCUAGAUGCUCUACCACUCAUGAGCUACAGCAGAGUCGAAGGAACUAAGGCCACUGUACACAAGGAGUCCAACCUAUGAUCUUCUGGUUACUAGUCUAGAUGCUCUACCACUCAUGGGCUACCGGAGACUUGUGGGAGCUAAGACCACUGACCGAAAGGCUUGACUGGCAAAAGGUUGACAGUCAGCGUAAAUAUCACACAGCAGUCAUGGUAUAGAAAUCAAUAAAUGGUUUUGCCCCAGACUAUUUGAGCAAUAUGUUUACUAAUCGUGACAGUGUCAGCUUUUUCUCCAAGAGACACUCAGGGAGCAAGCUGGCUAUUCCUCAGCCCCGUACAAACUACUUUUAUCGCUUUGGCUACAGGGGUGCGAUGCUGUGGAAUAUAUACCCUCCCAAUGUAGUUGCGACAAGCAGAUACACUGCACAGUUUUUUAAAUGCGGGUUGCAUUGACCAAUUUUUAUCUCAUGGUUAAGUUUUUGUUUAAUAGGCACCGCUCUCAAGGAAAGAAGACGUAUAUACAUACAUAUUCAUUUCUUCUCUAUUAAUUACAGAGUCAUGCACACAAAAUACAAAGUAGCUACAUAAAGUUAUUAAUAAGUUAUAGUUAUAUUAAUAUUUAUUUAUCUUACUUUGUAAGUAAAUAUGUUAUCCUACUUUUUAAGUCCUGAUGAGAUACCGCGGGGAAAUAACUAGGUUCUUGUGACAAACAUCCUGCAUACUAUGAAAUCAAGCUCAAUCGAUAGAGCAUCGCGUCCGGUCAUCCCAAGGGUCAUAGUUCGAUUCACGGUCAAGCCUGAAAUGUUUUGUCAGUUUUUUUUUUCAACCGCUUAGCUUGUCCAUUCAACUGCAAGAAUCAUGUUCACUUUCAUCUUUAUCGGCAGUUCAAGAUAUAAUUCAUUUUGGAUCAUUAUACGUUUCCGGAAAACUGUCCACCUACCCCUCCCCUAAGCCAACAUUUUGCUCUAAGUGAGAAGUAAGUUUUAAUGUUGGCUUAGGGGAGGGGUAUUCGGGGAGUUACAAAGAAACGUAUAAUCAUUUUCAUAUAUUUCAGUUCACCCUGCAAACUGCUAGGAAUGGAAUGUCGAUAUGUGCUUAUGUCUGUGCGCAAUGAGCUAAACUGCUUGCUAUAGGUUUGAACCUUAAGAUCCCCUUGAUCUUGUUAAGAAAAAGAACACAAACAGCGCUGAAAAACAUAUUCAACUUACUCAUUUUUAUAAACUUGACGUUUCGUAUGCUACUCAACAUACAUUUUCAAAAAUACCGUCACAAUUUUGAAAACUAUACUUAAAUAACAGCGGAAAGGGACUGGGACCGAGAUUAAGCACAAAACUUAAAAGUUAAUCUUUAAAAAGAAACAGCUAAUUAAUGAAGCAUCAGCGUAGCUUUCUACUGACGUUUGCAUUGAAAGCUGGCUUCAGUUCUUGUAUAAGCAAUGUUUCCUAAUAUCUGACAGCCAAGGACAGCCUAGUCGAGGGUGAGGAGAAACAAUCGUUCAAAUAACCAACCUCAAUUCUUAUCCGGAAAAAAGAUACCCAUAACAAAAAACUUGAGUUAGAUAUAUAUAUAUAUAUCUAAGCUAAGGCAACUGUAAAUUUUUUCAGGAUUACUUUACAAGGGGGCAAAUACAGCCAACCCUUGACGCUAGCCCGGAUUACCAACUCCUCAAUGCAUCUGAAGUUGGUGGAUACACUGAACUGAUGUUUGAAAGACGACGUGAUACAGGUGAUAACGACAACGAUCUCACUUUUAUGGUAAGUAGCUCACCUUUUCUAUAG